GAGAUAGGUUAGCAGGCAAACCAGGAAGGGGCAGAUGUCUUCUGCUUACGAGAAAUACUGCACAGAAAAGAUAUAUUUAAGAAAUCCCAAUAAGCGGGGCGAAUAGUUUCACGGAAUCCUGAGAGACACGCCCGGCGAACUACGUAGCCAUGAGGCCGGAACCACUAUUGGGUACCAGCAGGUUCUGGUUAAGCAACGCGAGACAGUAGUGGUAGUAGUAGUGGUGCUUCCGUCAGCGCUACCAUCCUGGCGGCGACGGGCAACGAUUUAUAUGAUGGCGGAGUGGAUAUUUCUUAAGCAAAAACCCUCCCUGGAUGUAUUGUAGGUUUGCUGAAAUUUUCUCGCAGCAACAGUUUUCCCCCGACACGCGGUUUAGGAGUAAGAAGAACGUUAUCUGGUUCCGGUGAAUUGCAGAGUCAUACGUUGAGAACAGAGGGACCGUUUUGUACGUGGAACAAAUGUUUCACGCAGAGUAAGCCGUGAAGUGUGUGAGUGAAGUACAGCACAGGACGUCAGUGCGACGGCGAGUGUGUGCAUGUGUGUGUGUGCGUGUUAGUGCAUGCUCUUCGUCGUGUGUCACUGACAUAUGCAGUGCCAACAGUGUUGGGAGGAAGAAGAGCACACCAGUAGUACCGCAACCCUAGCCACAGUACAGUAGUGUGUGAAUCGGUGUUCGCAAAAGUACUGUGUGUGGUGCAGGACAAGAACAACGUUUUUGUCUGCCGUAGAGCAUUAUUGGUUCAAUCAGUGAAGUCAACUUGUCGGAACGCGUGUCGUAGCUGGAGGCAGAUUCUGUCGAUGAAGCAAUCAAACGGUCGCGCUGCUGUAGAACGACAUUAUCUCGUAAAUGAGAGCGCACCGCGCAGUGAGCAUUGGCAAAACACAUAGGCGAUCGUGUAGCGCAAUAGAAGCAUAGGAAAAACUCGCUAGACAAGAUGUCCACGUUACAUUUUGUCGUCCAUCCGCUUCCUGGCACAGAGGAUCAACUUAACGACAGGAUACGAGACGUGGCCGAUAAAAUCAACAAAUACGGUGUCCAAACGUUACCCGGAUUACAGUCACUGAAAGUUCCGGUAAAACAAAUCGUCAUCGGACCGGCACACCUCGGGAUACUGCUUGAGGAUGGACGUGCCUUCCGAGUGGCCUUUUCCAUCAUACCUGAGCGGCUAGAUCUCAGCAAACAGGACGCCUCAAAGACAGGUGGUUCCGGAGGCGGCGGCGGUGGCGGUGGUGGUGGCGGCGGUGGUGGAGGCGGAGGAGGUGGUGGUACCGGGGGUGGUGGCAGUGGUGGCGGAGGUGGUGGAGGAAGUCAAUCAUCGAAUCAGUCGAACAACAACUCAAAAAGUACCCCUACCUCUCGGCAAUGUCGCUCUCGGGCGCGCAUUAUGCGUACAAGCAGUUCGGUCCGGGCCGGCAGUGGCUCGCAGGGAUCCGGUUCACGCAGUACAGGUGUUAUUAUGGGUGGUGGAUCGUCCGGUAGUCGAUCGAUCGUAUCCGUUCCUGCACCGUUCGUGCCGGAAGAACUGGUGGCGCAGGCACAGGUGGUACUGCAAGGCAAGAGCCGCAAUUUGAUUAUUCGUGAACUGCAGCGUACUAACCUGGACGUGAAUCUGGCCGUCAACAACCUGCUAUCGCGAGAUGAUGAAGGUGGCGAUGAUACGGAGGAAGGUAGCGACAAUUAUGUAGCCGAGGAUCUGAUCUCGCUCCUGGACGGUGGUUUCCAUCCGGAUAAUAGCGUCAUUAUCGAUGCGGAAGCUAUGUUCACCGACGAUGUGUUUGGAUUUUCGAAUAUACGAAAUUUGAUGUUAUACAGUCGUGCCCGUAGUGAACGAAAUCAAAACAAUUCAUCAUCCGCUGGUGGUAGCGGCAGUGGUGGAGGAUCCGGUGGUGCAGCCGGAUCGGCUGGAAACAGCAACGACGGUACGGCAACCGGUGGCCGAUCUAGCGGUAGCGGCAGCCAGUCCGGUGCAGCUGGAGCGGGAGGAGGAACCGGCUCAUCGGCGAUCAUUGCUGGCAACGCUCAGUCUAGCGGUAGUUCAUCUGGUGGAGCCGGUGGACCCUCAGGUGUAUCUGGAAGCUCUGGGCUUAGUAGUGCAGAACGCGAAGGCUUCGGACGAUGGAGAGAUCGGCAAUACUUUGGACCACGUCGUUGGUUUCAAGGAGGAAGGGAGGAUGUAUGGGAGAAGGAAGCAGGUGAUUCGAAAAAGAAGGACUAUUCAUCCGGAUAUCCCUUGUGGGUAUCGGAUGAGAUGGAGCCUUGGCCGGAGAAGGAACAUUCGGUGCGUUUUACGGAAAUAGCUUCGUUGUACUCCGAGUUUAUAGGAGUGACUGCCCGUGGUGAGAUCCAUCAGUGGCGUUGGGCCGAUGCAGAACCGUACCGUAGCAAUGACGCAUCAAACGUUCACCAUCCGAAGACAAUUCCGUUGAACCUGUUGUAUGAAAAGGUGACACAUAUAUCGGCUACACUUAUCCGAUGCUCCGUUGCCACCGAGAGUGGCCGCAUUGCUACAUGGAUGGAUGAGCUACUUGGAUACGCCGGCAAUAAGCUGGAGCAUAGUGCGACCAACUAUCCUGAGUUCGCACUCGAUCGGAUAGUGUCGCUGCACACUUGCACGCUGUACACGGUUGCUCGCACGGAGAGUGGUGAACUAUUUUGGUGGGGUGUACUGCCAUUCGGGCAACGCAAGCGCCUCUGGGAUAAGUAUCAGGCGAAGGCAAAGAAACCCGUUCGACCGAGCGUAAACACGCCGGAAGUAACGGUCGGGGCUCAGGUGUGCAUGAAAAGCUGCCCAAUGUACCAGCAUGGCGCCAUUGGAUUUACCAUCUCGAAUGGUGUACCGAAAGUAGGACAGUUGAUGAAUGCUGCUUGGGAAUUUACCAAGGUAUGCCGGUUUAAGCUGCUCUCAAUGUCAACUUUGUCGCAACAGCUAGCUGCCAGCACGCAGGGAGGAACCACAGGGACCACGACCGGAACAGUUGGCGGAAGUGGGUUGGGCACAAGCUCAACACUUUCCAACAGCGGCAUUGCAGGUUCGCUGAGUGCUGGCACAAAUGCAUGCGGAAUAGGAUCACAAAGUUCAUCUGCCGCUGUAUCGGGAGCGAUGAGUGGAAUUUUAGAUAAAGAUUCCAAAGGCGGAAGCACUUCAGCCGCGGCUGCCGGUAGUUCGUCUGCGUCAGGGGGAGUUUCAUCCUCGAAGCAAGGGGCUGGCAACAAUAAGGAAUCCGCGGAUCGUAUCGAUAUGCCACCGCCACCUUCUCCGGCUUCCAGUACGUGCAGUGAUACCGGCAGUGUGACAAAUUCUCACAAACGUCCUAAGCGUAUGACACCGAAGGAGGAACCGGACCCGAAAAAGGACGAAGAGCAGUGGUUAUUGAAGGAUGUCAUUUUCGUUGAGGACGUUCGCUCCGUUCCGAUUGGGCGCGUGCUAAAGGUUGAUGGUGAUUUUGCCGCUGUCAAGUUUCCUCCACCACCCGGUUCGGGUGGUUCCAUGACCUCGUCAAACAAUAGUGGCAGCAAUAGUAAGGAUAAAUUUGACGAUAGCAUCGAAGCUUGGCAAGACUGUCGGCUGUUGCGCAAGGACGAUUUGCAGGUGAUAAAAUCAGCGACGACACCACGCGUUCCCGACUGCUUCCAAAAGAUACCGCGUCGCAUUGUGCUUAACCCAACGGCUUCGUCAAGCAGCAAUAGUGAUGCAAUGGGUGGUACCUCUCAGUUGCUAACGAUUGCUGUAGAUCCCAAGGGUAUUCAUGGUAUUAUGAAGACGGCCAACAAUCGACUGCACUACUCACUGUUCAACUUGAACACGGGCCGACAGGAGCAGGAUAGUGUAUUCCCGACUGAUAUUGGUUCAUUUCUCGGCACUUCGAUGCAUGAUGUAUCACUGACGUGUGUUGGUGAUAGUUCGGACAGUGUACUACUGUUACGCGACGGUAACAACACGAUCUAUCCGAUGGCAAAAGAUUGUGUCGAUGCAAUACGAGACCCAAGCUGGCUCGAUCUACCACCGAUAAAGUGUAUUGCAGCAGCUUCCCUCACGUUACCUUCGGUAGGCGUAAAUCUAAAAUCGCAGGUAGCGCUGGUAGUUCUAGCUCCGGAGCAGCAGUUGCUCAUGUCAAAGAUAUUGCGCUGCGACAUUGAAGGCGUACGGCAGCUGCUUGCCCACAUAGCGACGGACGACGGGCAGAAUAGGAUUUCGCUGGCAUCGACGUUAGCAGAGCACACGGACGGUAACAGAAAUGUAAUCCAUGCUUGCAUUAGCAUGUGCUCACCGACAUCGAAUCGGGAGCCGGACUUUGUGUCUACUGGUGGUGGAUCCAAUGGAAACGGUGGUGCAUCGAAUGGUGGAAACGGUUCGGCAGGAGGAAAUAAUUCGUCCGCCGGUCUCGAAUCGAUCAAUGUCAUAACGAACACGAUGAUAGGCAACCGGCCGGUCAGCAUUAGGGAGAUCAUGCGUCGUAAUGUAGGUAAUCGUGAAAUGGAUGGUACGAGCAAUAGUAACGCGAUCGUUUCCAAUAACGUGCAGAGCGGGCUGCCGGUUCCCAUUGCACCAGGUGCCGAAGAUCAACCACCGGUGCUGAGCGCGAACUCAAUGCCGGUGGUUUACUGGCCAUCGGAAUACGAUCCAACGAGCGGUGACGAUGAUAGCCUUGGUGGAUUAAACAACGCUAUGGCCGGCACGGGAUCCCAUCAGCAGCAACAGCAUUCGGGAGCACUUGCUAGUCAACAAACGAUAUUCACGACGCAGAAAUCGGUGUCUGCAAUUCCUGAAACGUACGUAUCCGAUCCAAACGAGCGGCGUCAAAACGCGCAACUGGUUUUGCAGCUGCUAUGCGAAAGCCCUAUACUGCAACCAUCUUUGCACCGACUGUUGAGCGCUAAAGAUGCUCAGGGUCAGACUCCGUUUAUGCUGGCGGUAACAUGCCGUGCCUAUCAGGCGGGUAUUACGGUGUUUAAAGCCAUUCAGAAAAUAGCUAACGGUGAUGAUGCUGUACGGGACUCGAUGAUAUUCCCACCCGGUUCUUCACCAGAUCAAUCACCGCUGGGGAUACUGUGCUGCAACGAUACAUGCUCCUUCACGUGGACCGGUGCGGAUCAUAUCAAUCAAGAUAUCUUCGAGUGUCGCACCUGCGGAUUGACGGGAUCGCUCUGCUGUUGCACCGAAUGUGCUAAGGUGUGCCACAAGGGACACGACUGCAAGCUGAAACGUACCUCACCGACGGCAUACUGCGAUUGUUGGGAAAAGUGCAAGUGCAAAGCAUUGAUCGCGGGCAACCAAUCGAAGCGUCACGAUCUGCUGUGCAAGAUGGCUGCCGAGACGGAUCUGGUAACGCGUUUUAAUUCCCGUGGCGAAUCCAUUUUGCUAUUUCUCAUACAGACCGUUGGCCGCCAGAUGGUGGAGCAGCGUCAGUACCGAGCAACAUCACGCGUCCGUUCAACGUCGUCUAGCAAUACGCGCAAAACGCCCAACCUUGAGCCGGAUAAUGAAAUGCCAGAACACAAUCUCGAACCGCCACGUUUCGCCCGCAAGGCAUUGGAUCGGCUGCUUAACGAUUGGCCAGCCGUACGAGCGAUGAUUAUGACGGGUGCCGAACAUGAGAAACCGAUCGUACCGAAUGCAAACCAACAGCCGUUCUACGAUGACGAUAACCAGCAGGUGUAUCUGCAAUCGCAAAGCGGCACCUCGCUGUUAGACAAGUUUACGCACAGUUUGAUCGUGCGUUGCAGUAGCGAUCCACUCGAAAAGUUGCUAAUGACACUCGUGCACGAACUGCAGAAUGAAUCGAUACCGGGGCGUGUGGAAGAGGCACAAAAGGUGGCUCGUCGUUUCGUGCGCUCUGUGGCACGCGUAUACGUUAUAUUCAGUAUCGAACGGUUCCAAAACCCGGAGAAGCAACGUAACUCAACGACGCAGACAAAGCAUCUGCAAGCAUAUCGCCGGGUGUUUACUGCACUGUUUAAAUUCGCCAUCGAAGAGCUGGUUGAAAUAGCAGAUGCACUCAUAACACCGGUACGGCUGGGAGUCGUGAAGCCAAUCGCGCCGUUCAAUUUGUCUUCUAACAAUAUCGACAGUACUGAUGAAUUGUUCUCGGUCGAGCCGUUAGCACCGCCGACGAAUCGCUCCAAUGCUGCUGGCAUUGCCCAGAUUACUAACAACACCGCCAACGUGCACCUCGGUGUGGACCCACUGGACAGUGAACGUUCGUCAUCGGGAUUCAUUUCCCGCAUUAACAUACGCCUGGGUGAUAUCGAAGAUAAUAACGAUGCGGACGCGUUGGUACAGGACGAUGGUGAAACAUCGGAACAGGAAGAUAUGGCGGAACGGGAGCAGCCACCACCGAGGCGCUCAUCCUCCCUACGGCCAGUUACUAGUGCGGUUUCAAUGAAUGCCGAGGAAGAAUCACAGGAUUUACUGCGAAGCGAAGAAAAUGCCCAGGGCGAAAGUGAUAACGAAUUCAAUUUCCAUGAGGCUGAAACCGAGUCCGAUUCCGACGAUAAUCAGAGCACCCAGGAUGCUCAACGGAGCGUUCAAACAGGAGCGACAGCCGGUUCAGAUACAGGACUAAACUCCCUGCUGUUCGACAACGAAGACGAUUCCGGCGAUUCGACACAACCGGACGAUGAAGGUUCAGAGGACGGUGAAAGUGACGAUCAGUCCACUGUUGAUUUCAACCUGAACGAUGAUCAACUCGAACGCCGCCAGACACCGGGUGGAAACCAGCGCAACAAUCUUGCCCCGCAGUCAAUGCAGUGGGCCAUACGCAGCCGCGAAACAACCGCCCCAGAGCGUGUCCGUUUAACAACGGGUAGUUCGAACCUGGUUUUCAUCGAUCCGAGCUCAUUGCGCCGGUCGACUACCGCCGUAACGACCGCGCAACAACAAGAAUCCCCAACGAUGACGACAACGGCCAGUGCACUUGCACGUGCGUUUGGUAUUAUCUUGCGACAAAUUUCCGAUCUGAUCGGUAUGUUGCCAACCAGCAUCAGUGGUUCCUCGUCCGUACUUGACGUGACACAUCAGGACGCUGUACAGCUUCAGAUGUACGUUGAAAAACGGUUGAAGCUUACGUGGGAGUGGAUAUUAACCGUGAUGGAAGCAACCGAAGCACAACUGCGCUUUGGAGCUUCAUUGACUGAUUCCACCGAUCCUUCGCAUCCGCUACAUCCGCUCAACAUUCCGUCUUCGUCCAGCACUAGCGAAGCUACGCCGUCCGCAAUGAUCGGUGUUACGACAGGCAGGAGUAGAGCCACGAUCAGCACGCUCGGCACAGCGACCACAGCGCGCAACCUAGGAUUUGCCGAUAAUGACCGUAGCGCGCGAGAUGGUGGUUCCUCCAUGACGGCAGACUCGGAAUCUAGCAGACGUGAUUUUCUCACCUACUGUCUUUCAUUGAUGCGUGCGCAUAAUUCAGAGCACCGCGACUCUUUGCCAGUAUUGGAUGUGACGGCUCUACGCCAUGUGGCGUACGUGCUUGACGCAAUCCUGUUUUACAUGCGUGCAACAAAUGAUUGUGAUCUCGACCGUACAACAAACGGGUCCAACGUAUGGGACGAUCAGGAUGAGAACGAAAACGAAGAAGCGGAAGAGGAUAUCUCUACUUCCAUCGUCAUGGAUACGGAUUCCGUGGACGAGGAUAUGCUUAGUCGACCAUCGCUCGGUCGACGUCAUUCGUUCUUCCAGCGAUCGGACUCAACGCUCUGUCUCGGGUGCCCCGCACCGGAUCCGUUCAAUACACCAUUGAUUGAUGCGUUGCCCUUGGCGGAUCAACCGCACCGUUUGCAGCCCACGGCAAAGCGAGAAGAUCUGUUCGGCAUGCCCAAGUGGCCGAUUACGCUUGCACCGGGCGUUGGUGCUAGUGCCAGCGGCAGUGGUUUGCAACAACAAAACAAUGCCUAUACAGGUUCGCCGGAAGGAGGAUCUUGUGGUGCCGGAGGUAUAACUAAUCUGGAAUUGCCUCCCGUUCGGUUAAGUUUAUCGUCCUCGAUUCGACACGAAAUGAGCAACAGCAUAGUUGCCACAGGGAUCAUUGUCGAUCCGACGGAAGCAUUAUAUUCCGAGUCACAACAGCAGCAUCAACCAUCCAACCAAGAUAACACCGUAGCUUUUAUCGAUGGAAGUGUCACACAAACCGAACCGAACACGGACUCUCGUGUGAGGGUAGAAAUUUCUCUUCCCGUAGGAAUUUAUCAAGCUGCGGCGAGCGGAUCGGGUACCGUUGGAAACGGAUCGUCUAGCAAACAACAGCAGGAACUGGACCCAUCCGGGCUCGGUGGAACAGCCGGUGGGAGCAGCAGCAAUAGCAGCAGCAGUGGUGGCAGUAGCGCAACAUCAACGAAAGCGAAUGAAACGCAUUCUCCCAAGCCACCUCCGCCACCUCCACCGCCGAUAAGUGGUGGAAACAGCAGUGGCAGUAAUAGUACUGGCGGUCCCACUGGCAGCAGCACUAGCGCUUCGACCACAACGUUCUCGGAGGUUUACUACAAAAAGAACCGGCUGUUCUAUCUGAAGAGCAAGUACAGCGAAGAAUCCGACGUCGAUGAAGUGAGUAUCAGCUCGGAUGAGCCACAGGACUUGUCGCAAUCGUCGAUUAAAAUCGAUGUCGAUACGGAUCAGGAUCAUGAUGAGCUGUCGGAGUCGGAUUCGGAGGAUUCGCGGCAACAUUCAUCGUCGACGGCCAAACGCCAGAAGCUGGACGAUGCCGGAAGCGAUAUCGGAGGAGGCGUAGGAAGCAAUGCAACGGCUGCAACGAUAACGAUGUCGCUACAGCAAGGAAGCAGCAGUGAAGGUGUGGCUGGCCAGCAGCAGUCACCACAGCAACAGCAACAGGAACCCGCGUCUGCAAUACGUCCGCCGAUUAUUGUUGCACGCAGAAAGGUAGCUGGCGGAUCGGGAUCGGGCCCUACACUGGACGGAACAUCAGUCGCUCUAGCACAAGGUACUAUUUCGUCGGACGUUGUAAUGGCUGGCGAACAGCAAAUUGGUGGCACUGCUUCGUCCUCGGGUCCGUCAGUUUCCUUCGCAAAUCCGCUGGUGACGAUCGGUAAUACACCCGCAGGUACAUCCCCUGGCAAAAGUGUUAUUGUUCGCGCUGGGCCUUCAUCAGCGGUGUUUGCCGCGGGAAAUAUCGGUAGCAGUAGCAGCAAUUCCGUCGAUUUAAUUCAAUCGGCCGAAGCGAUGGAUAUACAGGAAAUAUCAGCUCACGUAACAGUCGAAACCACGCCGAAUGUGCUACCGACAGCACUACAGCCCGAAAUGCCUCCACGGGGCAUCUAUUUGCGCGGUUCGUCGGCCUUGUCUUCAUCGAUUUUGUCCGACAUAUUGUUAGGUCGCUGGCGUUUGUCGUUAAUUCUGUUCGCACGCGUAUUUCUCGAAGACGUCGGUGUUGAACCGGGUAGCGUCAUCUACGAACUGAACGGAUUCCCCGUGAAGGAGACAAAAUUCCGACGCUAUAUGGAGAAGUUGCGCUGUACGACACAAAAAGAUUUGACAUUGCUAAAAAUGGAGCGCAAUAGGGCGGCGCUGCUGACGCAAACCUUCAAGGAGCUGAACGUGCUUUACAACAACCGCCGUGUGCAGCAGCCACUGGUAUUUAACCGGGUGAAGGUUACGUUCAAAGACGAACCCGGCGAAGGUUCCGGUGUGGCACGUAGUUUCUACACUGCUAUCGCCGAAGCACUGCUGGCAAAUGAAAAGCUACCACCUCUUGACGUGGCCCAAACGCCAACAAAGUACGGCGGAGGACCGUUCAACAGCAUGUUACGGCAUCGUGGCAGCAGUAGCGCUGGUGGUGGCAGUGGCGGUGGAGGAAGUUCGAAUGUAGGUCCUGGUGUUGGUGGCAGCGGAGGAGGUAGUAAUGCACCGGGCAGUGGUGUCGGUGGAAGCGGGAGUAGCAGCAGUUCCCGUCGAGGACUGUCCAGCAAGCAACCCUUGUGGCGUCCGAAUCGUGAAUCUCGCAAAACGCUCAACUACGACGCUCGGCCCUUCCGGCCAGCAAAUGAACAGAAUGUGGCAGGGGCAGGCAGUGGUGGCGGUGCAAGUCCUACCCUGCUGAACGUCGGGGAAAUGUUUUCCGUUCAGCAGCAACAGCUAGGCGACCGGCUUUAUCCAAAGGUACAACUGCAGCAUCCGAACAAUGCUGCUAAGAUUACGGGAAUGUUACUUGAGCUACCGCCAACGCAGGUGUUACAUUUGCUAGCAUCGGACGAAAAUUUGCGCCAGCGCAUCAGUGAAGCAGUGGAGAUAAUUGUGCAACGCCAGAGGUUAGAGAUGGACAACCUUUCCAAUGGUGGAAAUCAAUCGACCUCAUCUGGAGGUGCCGGUGCGUCAGUCGGCCAGGGGGCUUCAUCCUCGCUCGGUAGUUCCAUAUCAAUGGCGGGAACUAGUGGUGGUGGUUCGUCCGGUUCAGGAUCUGGCACUGGUAGCGAUCAAGUUGUUGGCAGUGGUAGUAUUACUGCUAGCGGUGGCUACAGCAGCAUCACAGGACAAGGCACACCUUCGUUAGCGAAAAAAUGUACACCGGUGUUACUGCUGGAAGACUGUCAGAUGGAUGCGCCAUUGUUCUACACACCGGGUAAACGUGGUUUCUACAGUCCGCGACAGGGAUAUCCUUCCAGCGAACGAAUGAAUGCGUUCCGUAAUGUAGGCAGAUUGAUUGGUUUGUGCUUGCUCCAGAACGAACUAUUUCCGCUGUUCCUUCAACGUCACGUGCUAAAGUACAUUCUUGGCCGACAGAUUCGCUUCCACGAUUUAGCAUUCUUCGAUCCAGUGUUGUACGAGUCGCUCCGGCAGCUAAUAAAGGAUUCGCAAACCAAAACCGGAGGCAUCAGCAUGCUGCAGAGUCUUGAAAUGAACUUUGUGAUCGACCUCAUGAUGGAGGAAGGCUCGGGAACGGUGGAACUGGUACCGGGUGGACGGGAUAUUCAAGUUAACGAGAACAAUGUGUACGAUUAUGUGCGUAAGUACGCAGAGUAUCGUAUGAUCAAAACGCAAGAGAAGUCAUUGGAAGCUAUUCGGUCCGGCGUGUUUGAUGUACUGCCCGAUACGGCACUGGAUCAACUGACUGCUGAAGAUUUGCGAUUGUUGCUGAACGGGGUGGGCGAUAUUCACGUAGCCACGCUCAUUUCUUACACGGCGUUCAAUGACGAAUCGAACGAACCAAGCGAUAAGUUAACCAAAUUCAAGCGCUGGCUCUGGAAUGUGGUUGAAAAAAUGACCAACCUAGAGAGACAAGAUUUGGUUUACUUCUGGACUGGUUCACCAGCGCUUCCUGCUUCCGAGGAAGGAUUCCAACCGAUGCCAUCGGUGACAAUACGCCCGGCAGAUGACUCCCAUUUACCGACGGCGAACACGUGCAUCUCGCGGCUGUAUAUUCCACUCUACUCAAGCAAAGCAGUCCUGCGGCACAAACUCCUGCUAGCGAUCAAAACAAAGAACUUUGGAUUUGUGUAAAAUUUGGCGGAGAAAGGUAGAUGAAAGGGAAAAGCUAAAUAGAAUGAGAGAAGAAGAAAGAGAAGAAUGAAAAGGGUAAAUUAAUUGGGCGUCCUUUUUGGGCCCUGUUUAGGGGCGACCAUAUGGAACCACGUACUAAAGUAAAAAAAGGACAGUGCACUGAUCAUAAUUUGAAGAGGGAAAGCAUGUUUCCUUAAAUGCUAGCGUAAACUCGAACCAGAAAUAGAGUAAAUGCGUGCGUAGCAUUCUGUAGCAAGGCAAUAUUCAUAUUUUUUCUGUGGUUAUUAACAAAUGUUCUGUUUUUUUUCUUCGGAUGAUUUACAUGAUCACUUAUCGGUUUCAGAAUUGUUUUACGUUUAGUUUUGUGUUAUCCUUUUCUUGUAGUUAAAUCUGCAACCAUAGUAAGUUGUAAUCAAGCAUACAAAACAAAAACACUUGCUUGUUUGUAUGUUUGCUUCUAUUCAUGAACCACGUUAGAAAUGCUUGGUUCGAGCGAAUGAAUGAAACAGAUAAACAAAAAAAUAAAGUAGGUCUAGUUUUUGCGUAUUAUUUAGGGUGAUACUAGCAUAAACACAAACGAAAAUUGCCAAUGAUGGGAAAUCAUCGAAUCGCCAUGCAACGGUUAUGAUUUCUCUGCGCUUAACUUAACAAAAAGGUGUAAAGCGAAAGUGAAGAGGAGUAGAACGUGUGGUGUAAGCCGCCACAUUAUUAUCACAAGUGACCAAUGUGUGCGGUACAACGAGCAUCGUAGCUAUGAACAUAUAGGCAGAUCGGUUGAGAUAUGUAAUUGAUCAUGGAAAUUGUAACAGUUAGCACACGAGAGCGCACACAACUGAAGAGAAACGUUCUUCGACUGGGGGAAACAUUACACCCAUAGUCUUCAAACAAACAAAAAAAAACUGUACGAUAUGAAUAUGUGUGUUAACACAUAACGUUCUUUCAAUAAGUUUUUCUUUUCGAAUGUGUACGUCUCUAGUUGAGCUCUACCAUACCUUUUUCCCGAUUUUUUAAAACAUACUUCACAGUUUCAGAUUACGUUGCGAUUAGGGGGGGGGGGGGAUUUCACUCGCAAAAGUGAAACAAUACCGGAGAUAAGUAAGGCAUGGAAAUAGGAUGAAUAGAAAGCUAGAGGAUUAGGAUUACUAUUACGCCUACGAAUUAGGGAUCAGCGUAUCCGCGAGUGUAACAGAAGCAUGCAAAUAUUAUAACAAAAUCGAUAUCUUUGAAUAUAGAUAUAUAUUUAUAAUCGUAUCAUAAUGGCCAAAAUUCUUACAAACGCACCAUCAUUUCUCAACAUAUUUUACUAGCUGGUAAACUAAUGAUAUUACCGAUCAACGUAACAAAUCAUGUGGAAGGAAAAAAGGAACAGUUUGUUUGAAAUUUUGUUGUAAAGAAAAAUGUCUACCCAUGUGAAAACUAUUGCGUUCAACAUAUUUAAACUAUAAUCAUCUAUUUCAUCUUCAGUUGUCAAUUUAUUCACCUUUGUUUCAGCUGUAUCUUUUAAAUCAAGUGAUGCAAAUGAUGCAAAGUGCGGGAAAUGUUUCCUUUUCACCGUGUUGGAAUUGCUGAGCAUGUACUACUUUCCAUAGCAGUGAUUCGACGAUGCAUCGAAUUGUUGAAUGGAUUCAUAUUUUGUUUAUCUUGUGAACAUACCUGAUUUUUUAUGCAAUUGCUGGUAAGGUAUGUUUAGUAAUGAUGCGCUUAUACGGGGAAUGUCGGCUAUUGUACAACGCUGUGGCUUCGGUGUGAAAUCGAUCUUCUAGGACAAGAGCAAUCGCCAAACACAAUAAUAGUAUGAAACCACGUGGGGCGUUUUCAAUUCAACAAAAAAAAAAAACAAA